CAGCUGAAACCAGAGGAGGACAAGCGUGCAGGCGUGUCCGGCAGCCGCACAGCCUUUCGCUGGAGUUUUGGGUCAGGUCGCUUCCAGCGUGAGGCCAUCUCUGCAAGAGCAGCUCUCCUCCAGGGCUUGGCAGCUGCGGGUGUGCUGUUGUAGAAUGGAACUUCUGGAUAAAACAAUCAAUAGCUACCUUGAUGUCUGGCUUGGACCCAGAGAUCCCAGAGUAAAAGGAUGGCUUCUUCUGGAGAACUAUACACCUACCUUUAUCUUCUCAGUCUUGUACUUACUAAUCGUAUGGCUAGGACCAAAGUACAUGCGGAAUAAACAACCAUUCUCGUGCAGGGGUAUUCUAGUGGUCUACAACCUUGGACUUACGCUGCUUUCUCUGUAUAUGUUUUAUGAGCUGGUGACAGGAGUAUGGGAAGGAGGAUACAACUUCUUCUGUCAGGAUACACAUAGUGGAGGAGAAGCUGAUAUGAAGAUCAUACGUGUCCUCUGGUGGUAUUAUUUCUCCAAACUCAUUGAGUUCAUGGAUACCUUCUUUUUCAUUUUGCGGAAAAAUAAUCAUCAGAUCACCGUUCUGCAUGUCUACCACCACGCAACCAUGCUGAACAUUUGGUGGUUUGUUAUGAACUGGGUGCCUUGUGGUCACUCUUACUUUGGUGCCACACUGAACAGCUUUAUCCACGUCCUCAUGUACUCCUACUAUGGAUUGUCUGCUGUUCCAGCAAUGCGUCCUUAUCUGUGGUGGAAGAAGUACAUCACUCAGGGGCAGCUGACUCAGUUUGUCCUGACAAUCUUCCAGACCAGCUGUGGUGUUGUUUGGCCAUGUGCAUUUCCUCAGGGGUGGCUGUAUUUCCAGAUUUCUUACAUGAUUUCUUUGAUUAUCCUCUUCACAAAUUUCUACAUUCAGACUUACAACAAGAAGGCAUCCUCGAGGAGGAAAGAGUAUCAGAAUGGCUCUACGGCCACUGUGAAUGGGUACACAAACAGCUUUUCUUCCCUUGAGAACAAUGUGAAACAAAGGAAACAAAGAAAGGAUUGAAGACCAAACUGAAAAACCAUUUUGAUAACCCCAACAACAAAAUCAUCUGAUUGUAAGCACAAUAAGAGUUGUGCUCUAAUACUCUAACGGCUACUGUAACUAUUCCUGCCUAGAAUAGUAUGAUUUAUGUAGGACUUAACCAGUGCAAACACCCUAGAAACUGUAUACAGAACAUAAAAGUAGGUUAAAGUUUAAAAAUCUGGGCUGUCACUGACCCCGCUAUAGACUGUGGAAGGGAGUAUUAUUGUAGUAUCCGACACUGCUGUUGCCUUACUAGUCAAUAUGAUAGGUGCUGAACUAUGAUUCACAAUUUGAGAACACUGUAAUCUAAACCUCCAUUUUUUUUACUGUAGAUCCUGCAUGUGAUUGUAGAGGUAAUUUGUACGAUGCUGGUUUCAGUAGAUAAACACACAUGCCUUAAAUUAAAAAAGCAGGGCCCAAAGCUUAUUACUGGUUCAAAAAAUUAGGGUGUGUUUCAACUUUCCGGUUGACUGACUUUUUAUUAAAAGUCAUUUAGGAGACUCCAUGGAUCAUUUUACUGUUCUGUAUGUGGUACACAGUGUUACGUAUCUCUUACGCGAUGCAGUGAAAUUGGAAAUGGCACAUUUAGUUUUAUAUAUUUGGCUUUAACUGACUAAACAGUCACGAACCAGAUGGAAAAGUUAUUUUACCUUUUUAAUAGAUCCUAUUUUUUUAUUUGAAAUAUGUCACUAAUGUAAAAUUAAUUGGCGCUUACACAGUCCAGUAAGACUUAAAUAUUUUCUCUAAGGUUUAGAGUAUACACAGGGUGGACCCAUCUUUUCUCUUCUAUCUUUUUCCUUUUUUUUUUUUUCUUAUUUCUGAGAAUUCUUAAAUUCUAAAUGAAGAGUGGUUUUUAAUAUGGAAACUGGCAGAAUUUCAAGUGUUAUUACCAUAGCCAUAUGCACAUUUUAGGAGCUACUGUUGAAGUCUGUGACAUAUCCAAAAGCGUAUUUAAAGAUAAAGACAGAAAGAUACUUUUCAGAUGGAAUUGUCAGUGUUUUAGUUGGUAUCCGUACUGUUCUUCAUGUAGCAUAUGUUCAUUUUUGAAAUGUGCCUAACACAAACCUAGGUGGUUUUUUUUUCCCAAACAAGCGAGAUUAAACUGUCCAAGUCAUACCUAAUGUUUUUCAAAUGUUACUGAAAUGUGCUGGAAAUGUCUGUUUUGGUAAUGUGAGUUGUGUAUGCAACCAGUAAUGUUUUGGCUUGUUAUCAGAGGAUUUUGGUUCGAGUGUUUGAUCAAGUUACUCCUUGUAAAAUCUUGCCUUGCACAUAUGAGGAGUCAGUUGCAAAGCCAAUAUCUAUUGCUGUUAUUCUGGUAUCUGCUGUGGUGGAGUCAGGCUUAUGAAUAUUUUAUUCAUUAAGCUCUGAAAAAUGGAAUUGUGCAAGGCAUUCUGCUGGUUAUUGCUCCAGUUUAACUACUUUUUUUUUUUUCAUAUUUAUAUAAAUGCCAGUUUUAACAUGUUUAAUUUUUUUUU